AUGAGGAUUCAUCUCCCCUGACACGGGCCGACGCUAUAUUUAGCUGCUGGCGUCCGUGCGUAAAGUGACGCCGGCGCAGACGCACGCGCGGCCGUUGUGGACUGAAUACAGAGCGGCACGAGCCGCGGUGCGAUACGCUACGGUCCAGCGUUUAUGAUCGCACACACGGACCAGAACCGGAAAUGGCUAAAACGUUUGUCAUUUUAAUGAAUAAGGUCUAAAAUUACAACGGCAUGAGAAUGAGCCUAUAGCAAAGCACGCGAUCCUAAAGAGCUACGGCACAUACUUAUGCCGCUGUCUGUAAUCAGGCUGACGGUGAAGCCCACCCUACAGCGCAGGCCACGUCCAGGGACCCGCGGAGGGUGUCGGCCUACUGCACUUUAUGAAUAAUGAAAACAUGACGUAAACAAUGCGGUCCUGGUUGCAGCUCGGGCUCGAGGCGGGCGGGCGGGCGGGCGCGCGGACGCGUGAUGCGGCCGUGACGUAGAUCCUCGUCGGGGAUCUUUAAUCCUCUGCCGCAGCAGCAGCGCAGCCGGUAACCAGAGGAGGGGGGAGCACGGUCGGACGGGAACGGUCCGCACAGGCUAGGCUAGCCCACCAGAAGGCCGGAGAAAGCUCGGGCUCAGGCUCGCGACCAAACACACCGAGCAUAACCGAGAUCGGGACGCGAACGAGCCGACUCCUCGCUUAGGCCGGACCCCCUCCUCUAUUCCUGCCGUCAGCCUACAGCCCGGCCACACACGUAUUCCCACGAAAGGGACCCGGAACGCUGUCUGAAAUCCAUUUUUCCAACGCACCCGGGCCCCGUCGGCUCCGCCGGAGCGCCGCGCCGGUUCCCCGCGUCCAGCCCCGUCCCCGCUGCUCCCGUCAGCUGCUGCGCACCGGCAAAACAUGCAGGAUGAGCCUGCGGGGCUGACAGCCACGCAACCGCCCCCGCCGACCGAGGGAAAGGACAGCGACGGCAGCGCGGCCAGCAAGUCCGGAAGGCAUCCGAACCAAGCCGACAGCCGCGACGGCCGGCCGCUCGGCGCCCGCACGCCGGAUUACAAGCCCCCGCAGCAGAAAAUAGCGUUCCCCUACUUCGACCGGGACCGUUUCUGCGCGACGCGCUCUGUCUGUGACCUUCAGCACGGCCGAAAAAUCCAUCAGCAGUUAGGUCAGCACACCGACUUCGGUCAGCCCACCGAGGCGCCCCCGCCCCCGGGACUCUUCAGUCACCUGCCGCAGAGGCAGCCCUUCCCCAGGCUCGAGCCCAGCGGCCCUCCAGCGGACGAGCCCGAAGCCGAUGCUGCGUCGCCAUCGCCCUCCUCCACCUCCGUGAACCCAGACACGAUCCAAAUGGACUCCCCCAUCGCCCACCACAUAAAUAACGGCAAUGGCAGCGGCGGCACCGGCAACAUGUUGUCCGGAGGUCUCGGCGCCGCUUUCCCGAACCUCUCCGCCCAGGAGAUGCAAAGCGCCAGCGGGGGCGCGUCGUCGCCUUCCCUCCCCGGGUUCGGCACCGCCUGGUCCGUCCAGACCAGCUCCUCGCCCCCGCCCGCGCCCAACUCCAUCAACCCCAUCCACGCCAACGCCAUUAACCAGAUACCGAGCACGGACUCUGACAACAGCUUCUACCCAGGUAUCCCCUCCUCCAUCAACCCGGCGUUCUUCCAGAGUUUCUCCGCUAAUCCGUGCGCCGGGAUUAACGUGCAGGGCUUCAGCGGUCCCUUCUCGCCCCAAAUAAAUGUCCCUCAGCAGCCGCAGAGUCGCAGGUCGCCGGUCAGUCCCCAGAUGCAUCCCCAGCAUGGCGGCUUCCUGCAGCAGAGGAACAACUACAACCAACAUCAGCCAAUGGUGAAGCCGUCUCCAUGGGGCAGCCACCAGGGCAACGGCUGGGGCUCUGGGGGCAUGUCCUGGGGCCGGGACCACCGCAGAGUGAGCGGCAUGAGCGUGCCCGGCUCCGUCAGCCACGCUUCGCCCCUGAAGAAGCCCUUCUCCAGCAACAUCAUCGCUCCCCCCAAGUUCCCGCGCUCCGGAGGACCGCUGGGGCCCAAGUCGUGGCUGGAGGAGAACAUGUUCCGCACGGACAGCAACAGCAACACGCUGUUGCCCCUGCAGGAUCGCCCCAGAAUGUAUGACAGCCUGAACAUGCACUCCCUGGAGAGCUCCCUGAUUGACAUCAUGCGGGCCGAGCAGGAUCCGAUGAAAGGGCGUGUGGGAUGCCCUAACCCCGGGGCUGACGAACUACUCAUGCUCAACGCCAGGAGCUUUGGGAGACAUCGAGGCCGCUCGUCACUCUUUCCUAUCGAUGACAAUCUCCUCGACGACGGCCACAGGAACCAGGGCGUUCCAGGAGUGCUCGGCUCCCCCAACUGCUACCCUUAUCAAAACGGGGAGCGCAUCGAGCGCUUCUCCCGUAAGGUGUUUGUGGGAGGCUUGCCCCCUGACAUCGACGAAGAUGAAAUAACCUCAAGCUUCCGCCGCUUUGGUCAUCUGGUAGUGGACUGGCCACACAAAGCAGAAAGCAAAUCCUACUUUCCACCUAAAGGAUAUGCGUUCCUGCUGUUCCAGGAGGAGAGCUCGGUGCAGGCUCUGAUCGAAGCCUGCAUGGAGGAGGACGGGAAGCUCUACCUGUGCGUCUCCAGCCCCACCAUCAAGGACAAGCCCGUGCAAAUUCGACCCUGGAACCUGAGUGACAGCGAUUUUGUGAUGGAUGGAUCUCAGCCGCUUGACCCACGCAAAACCAUCUUUGUGGGAGGCGUCCCCCGUCCCUUGAGAGCAAUUGAACUGGCCAUGAUUAUGGAUCGUCUCUACGGCGGAGUCUGCUACGCGGGCAUCGACACCGACCCAGAGCUGAAAUACCCAAAGGGUGCAGGUCGAGUGGCCUUCUCCAACCAGCAGAGUUACAUCGCUGCCAUCAGCGCCAGAUUUGUCCAGCUGCAGCACGGUGACAUUGACAAAAGGGUGGAGGUGAAGCCGUACGUCCUGGACGACCAGCUGUGCGACGAGUGCCAGGGCGCUCGCUGUGGAGGGAAGUUCGCUCCCUUCUUCUGCGCCAAUGUCACCUGUCUGCAGUACUACUGCGAGUUCUGCUGGGCCAACAUCCACUCCCGCGCCGGGCGGGAGUUCCACAAGCCCCUGGUCAAAGAGGGGGCCGACCGGCCGCGCCAGAUCCACUUCCGGUGGAACUAGAGGUGCGUCCGCGACCACACAGAGUCAGUCAGAGGGAAGGAACGCGAAACAUUGGCUAACAGGAAAAAAGAGCCUCGCUCUGCCCCGCCUUCUGUCCUAAGCAGUAUAAUCAAGUACAUACCACUAUACAGUAUAUACUAUAUAUAAAUAUAUAUAUCUAUAUAUCUUUUGUAGCAGCCAAUCACCACAAGCCUCAGUUUUUCACCAAAACCCCCUCCACAUCUCAGGCUCUGACAACUCUACAACUCUUUUGUGGUACUUUCAUCUUUUCUAAGUGGAGAUUUGAAAAACAAAAGAAGAGAUUGAUUUUUGUAGGUUUUUUUAUUAUUAUUAUUUUUGUAUGUGAGAUUUAAAGUAGAUACGGGAAUGUUUUUUGCAUGGGGGCAGCUCGUCUGUCUGUCUGUCUGUCUGCUGCUAGCUACCCCACAGUGCGUGUAGCGCACGCUCGGUUCUGGGAAAACCUCAAUUCUCCAACGUUGACGCCCGCCCCAGGUCAUUCACCAAAGGUAGCAAAACCAUAGCCAACCUAGAAUUGAUACCUUUCCAAUGCGAAACAAAAAGCUGUUUUUUAAUACUUACUUCUUCUUAGAGAGUUUAUUAAGAAACAGAUGAUAGGGUUAUAUCUGUGCUCAUAUUGACCCAUUGAGUAAUACCUCAACACACAAAACUUGGUCUCUGCUAACUGUAUUCAACAUUUAUACUUAAGCUAUUUUAGAAGCUUUGCUGCUAUAUAUACAUAUAUAUAUGAAUAGAUGUGUAGGUAUUAUAUUUAAUGCCAUUUAUCAAGCAGAAUCAUGUAAAAUGGAAAUGCAGUAUGCACUCAACCACUAAUGGCCCCCAUUGCUGUGGAAAGAGUUAAACGUGCAUGUUAUGACAAUAGCUACACAACUAGCAUGCAGGAUAGAUUUGAGAAGAAAAUACUAUUAAUUUCCAAAAAAUGAAAAUCAAACCACUGAAAUCACAUGAAGACAAGGUGUAAAAAUCUCUAAUGAGUAGCAUGAUUGUCGGCUACAGAUGCCUAAGAGGGAAAAAAAUCAAAUGAAGCUAAAUAACUUCAAAGAAAAUGUAUUUAAACUUGCAUGCGUUGAUGUUUCUCUGUUGUUUGAUUCGUUUACAUACUUAACGAUACAAAAAGUGACACUGGUUUCUACUGUAGGCUUAGUGGACGCCAUCAUUUCGUGACGUGGUGGCUCGUACGGCAAAAAAAAAAAAAAAAAAAAAGCAGAGUGGCGUUCAGUGGUUUGUGUCCAUGUGUCGUCCCCGUGCCGUGUGACUGUUAUUAGCGUAGACUGAGGCUCUAGUUUAGUUAAGCAACACUUCACGUAGAGGAGGAUUAAAGCGUCGACGCCUCUGCCUUCACCCUUCCUGUCCCGCGUCCCUGAGCGGUUCCAGCGGCUGAUGUGACAGAGCCUGGUCCCAGCAGACCUGAUGCUGGUGAGAGGCUGGAGAGCUGGUGAGGGAGACGCUGAUCCAGCCUCUAAGCGUCUUCACAUGACACUUGACUCUGCUUUCUACUGACUAGUUGGGGCGGCCGCGCUGCGCAGCCCUGACCCAGUUGCUGGAUGAUUAAGUGUCUCCCAACCAAGCUUUUAUAACGAGGAUGAUGACAGGUGGUCCCUGGGCGCGCCGAAGAAGAAACUCCCUUCCCUCUGUUCCUAUCCAGAUUGUGUGUUUGAUUUCCACCGUGACCCUUGAUUAAAAACACUUAAUACUUUAAAAGCCUGUUUAGGGACAAUCUCUCUGUGGCGGCGGCCCAGCCGUCCGGUCGGUACUGUACAAGUGCAUUGCUCUGGUGUUGUUGUGGUUUUUGUGUUUCAUGUCCUGGUGUGUGCUCCUCGGUAUCGGUGUUCAGGCGUCUAGUGUGUCCCGUUACCGAAGCGUAACUGAAUUUAAUUUCUCAACCCAUCACUGUCCCUUCCAUAUGUUUUUUUAUAAUAUACAGUAUAUUAUGCACUACUUUUCUAUUUCCACGCUUACUUUUCUGCUUGUCCACCCCCAGAGUGAAUUCAGUGCAGAUGUGGAUCCUUUGAAACUCUCUCUUGUCUCUCUGUAUUUAUAAUUCUACAGAUGAUUUAUUAAAUUUUAUUUUUUCAUAAUUGCUUAUUUAAGAUGUAGCGUGACGCAGUGGUCUUAAGUUAUGUAUGUUCCGUGUGAGUAGAGCAGGAAUCCGAUAUUUUCUAAUAUAUUCUAAUGUUGUGCGAAUGUUGCGAGGGCCGGUGAGUCAGAGCUCCCGUCACCCCCCGUCACCCCUCUCCUCCCCCUCCCCCGUGGCUUUAGUUCUCAUGGUGUCUGAUGCGAACAUGUUUGAUUAUCGUCACCUGUAACACUUGACUCGUGCUGUUUUUGUGAGGUUCUAUUUUCAACGUUGAACACUGUUACCUUGUUCUGUACGUGUCUUUGGUUUUGUAAAAAAUCAUAUUUAUUUCACUAUUUUUGUAGACAAAAAAAACCCUAUUUGAUUUUGAUUGUAUUUUUCUAUUUAAAUAGGUCUAUUAUACGAUUUAUUUCCCCCCUCCAGUGCUAUUUAUGUCAGACGUUUUGUUCAAAGACAGAGAAUCAUGUCAUAAGUAACUAACACUAAAGUUUUUGAUAUACGGUUGAUUCUUAUUUUGAUACAGAUGACACAUUUCAUUUGAAGGAAAGGACACAUGAAGGUUUUAUUAUAUUCUUGGAAGACACUUGAGAUUCUCCCCUGUUGCAUCGAGGCCCCAGCUGCCUGUCCUCGUAGAUGCUCUGAAACUUGAAUAUAACACAUUUUGAAAGGCUGACUAACCUCGAAUCUGUGUUGUGAUGUGCAAUACUGUUUCUAAUGUUUGUAUAAAAGUAAGAACAACAGUGUAAACCUUUUUAAUGCAGAUUUAUUUUUUUCAUUGCAUAUUUUGCAGAUUUCUGAUCCACAGUGUCAUUUUUUACUGUCAGAAAAAAUAAAAACCCCGUUUUUUCAUUGCAACUAUUUUUAAAUCCAGAUAUCUUUGUACUGAUGUAAAUGAUUGUAGUUAUUUUGGAUAGUGUUUUGCUAACAAAAAGAGAGACUUUUUCAUGCAUAUUUCUAUUUCAUUUCAUCUUGUUUUAUCCCACUUUUUAUUUCAUUAGUAGCUGAAUGUUUUGCAUAAUUUUUCAUAUUUAAAUGUCAUUGGUAUAAUUUUGUAUUUUUAUGUGGAAAUACACUAUAUAUAAUUUAAAGAUGCUAAUUGCUAAGAUAUUAUUUUGAGUUUCAUUAUUUUUAAAGCUAAAUAUUUCUAAUUUUAUUGUUAAAGUGACUAAUUUCUUAAUCACACUUUGUGUAUAGUUUCACAAAAGUGGUUUAUGGGGUGUUUGGAUUGUAAUUAUUACUGAAUGGUUCUUUGAUAUGCAAAAAUGAAUAUUGUGUUUAUUUUUAUUUUUGUUGGUUUUGUAUUUAAAUGGGGUGUUGAUUACAAUCUUUUUUUCCCCCUUUCACUUCCUAAAUAAAGACCCAUUCUGUUUGGACACAAAA